GACCUUCAAGUUCUCCGGCCUCGCCCCGCUACACCCACCACCACCAGCCCGCCCUGCUUCCCGCCUCUCUCACGCGGGCGCGGUCAUGUCUCUCUCACCACGCCACACCGCGCUGCUGCUGCGCCAUCUGCAUCUCCUCCCCACGCACUACCAGUGCGCCGGCGCCGAUGCGCAGCGUCUCACUCUCAUCUUCUUCGCCCUCGCCGCGCUCGACGUGCUGGGCAGCGCGCACAAGGUGCAGCAGGAGAGCGAGGAGUGGGCACAGUGGAUUUGGGAGAGACAGGCUGAAUCGGGCGGCUUUCGUCCAUCACCGGCCUUCGAACUGCCUGGCCCCUCGAGCGUGCGUAAGAGGCGUAGGGCGUGCGUUGUCCACGAGCUGAAGGGGCACCACGCUGGACAUAGGUGUCGCAAGAGGGCGAUCUGGCACAGACAUACACGGCGCUCCUCUCGCUCGGCGUGCUGCGCGAUGCGCACCUGGGCGGCAGCAGGCUACAGCGAGAGGCGCUGUGUGCGCUGUUGGGCAGAUGUCAGAAGGACGAUGGCAGCUUCAUGUCGACGCCAGCAGACGCCGCCUCGGACGUGCGCUUCCUCUACUGCGCCUUUGCCCUCUGCGACAUGCUGGGCGCGCCGGCGUGGCGCAGCAUCAAUGUCGAUGCGGCCAUCGCGUACCUGAUGCGGUGUCGCACGUUUGAAGGAGCGUUCGGGCAAACACCAGGGAUGGAGUCACAC